CUGGUUUUCACGCCAUAUAUUCACACCUGGUCUGUUAGUCUUCGUGGAAACAUCUCUCAUGCUCAUGUCUUGUUCGUCAACCAAGUCUUGUCUUUUUGAUCAUGCCAUGCCUGUCUUACCUGCCCGUUUGUUUUGUUCCUGCCUCCUGCUGAGUGUGAGUUUUUGUAAUUAAACCUUUUCUUCAUUUACCAUCACGUUGCCUGCUCGUCUGCAUUCUGGGGUCCAAUAUCAAGUAAACCUUAACAGUAUGUUUCCGCCAACAAUGGACCAGCACCAGGCUGGCUCCAUGGACCUCCUUACCUUCCAGUCUCGGGAGGUGGAGAAGUCACUGCGCCGCUCUGCGGGGCUGUCAGUGCCGCAGUCGGCUUAUGAUGGAUCCAGGUUGGCGAUUCCAGUUCCGGGGACAGGUCCCCUUCGUCGCCGUUCUCCGCCUCCUCACCUGGUUGUGUGCUCUGGUCCGGCAGUGGGGCCCACGUCCUCCUCCCGCCGCAAGAAACGCCGACGUGCAGGGGUUCCUAGCCGGUCGGCUGGCGAGGAGGUGGUUUCCCUGUCAGCUGAUGUGAGGGCUGCAGCAAGUAAGCCCGCAUCUUCGUCUGCCACAGCACUGUCUCCCAGGCUCGCUGCACCUCCGCCCAUGCCGUCUUUGCUCGCUCCAGCCCGGUGUUCUGAGGCAACACCUGACGAGCUGAAGCAGCGUUUGAGGUUCACUGCAAGCCAAAUAAAGAUCCUCAGGACGACAGCGUUCUUACCCCAUACAACCCUCUCCACACGGCGCAGAGGACGUCGUAAGAGGGACGCCUCAGCUCACGCCACUGAGGGUCUCGGCGACGCCUCAGCUCACGCCACUGAGGGUCUCGGCGACGCCUCAGCUCACGCCUCCGGAGUUCCACAGAGUUUCUGGGAGGUCCUCUACUCUGCUCAGUCGGCCUCCUGAUCUACCUGCAGUUUCCCGUCGCAGGUCGCCACGGUCUCUUGGUUUUCGGAUCUGGUUAUGCUUUUGCUUCAUGUUUUUCUAGUUUGUGUUCAAGAGUCUGUUUUGCUCCAGUCAUGUUUUGUUCUGUUAAGUUUAUUCAGUUCACCUGCUUCAAGUUAAUU